AUGGGAAUGGACCUUCUUGGGGGGCACCAGCCCAUCUCAUACGGCCACGGCCUUCACCAGGGAACGAUUUACAGGCUGGGCAACCUUGCGGGCUUCAUUGCCGUGCGAAAGGAAACACGCCACGCAUUCAUGCUCGACGUACCAUGGACUGACCACUUUCCUUGCGUGUUUGAUGUGUCUUUCCUUUUCCUCCAGCAAUGGAUGCUGGAACCUUCUCUUCUGGUUGAGAAAAUCAACAAGGCCAAGAAAUACCGUGGACCAGUGUACAAGGAUCCUCUACAGAGUGCGUUGGACAGGGGCUCGGACGCUUUGGAAUUCCUCUUCUCCCCGCUGGUGCUGGACUACGUUCACGUGAAGUUCGCUGGCACUCUCCCACCCUGGUGGUCCCGCAACCCUUUCCAACCCACCAUCAACGAAGGGUUUUUCGAGUACGACGACUUCGAAGUCUACGAUCUGGCCAAACUUCUUCGAGGUUCUGGGAAUGACCAGGCCAAAGGCGGGAACGAACCAAGCGGAACACCCACGGCAUCGACGGGAUCAACGGCCGGGGAGAGUUUGGGUUCCUUCCUCUGGCAGUUGCCCGGAAGCUUCAUGUCCUUCCUCUUGCGGGUUUUACAGGGGUGGGACCACCCACGCAGCAACGAGAGCGUGUGGUAUUAUGUUCCACACCUCACCAUACUUCCAGGGCUGCAAUUUUCGCUGGCUGGGAUCCUUGGAAAGCCGGAGACAUUCUUCAAGGUCCCCGUUAUCCGCUUCGUCUACGAGAGCUUCAGCUAUCUGGUGAUGCUGGUGCUGUUCUGUUCUUCGGUGCUGCUCAAGGAGCCCGAUUUCAUUCCGCGAGACGAAGUCAUCUUCUACAUCUUCGCAGCGGGCCUACUCUGGCGAGAGGUGCUCGAGUUUCUAGACGGGGUGCCGACCCGCCGCCACAGAAUCUCACGCGGUCUGGGACCCGAAGUGGGCGGCCGUGUGAAGCCCGGGAUUAGCCAUCUCGGAGCCGGGAGCAACUUCAAUCGGAUGGUAUCGGCGUUCACCAGAUACGUGUUCUACGAUACGUGGAACUUCAUGGACAUGUCAACAAUCUGCUGCAUCCUCGUCGCCUUCAUAUUCCGGAUGAUAGCCCGCUUCGACAGCGAGUUCGAUCUCUUCUACGCUCAGUUCUUCUACGCCCUCAGCGCGCCUCUCCUCUUCUCGAGGCUUCUGGUGCUGUCGCAAAUCGAUGCCACCCUGGGACCAAUGACCCAGGUGAUCUGGAGGAUGAUGUCACACAUGCUUCGAUUCUCAGCGUUUAUUGCGAUGGUCAUGCUGAGCUUCGCCCUGGCGUUCCACGCGGUGUUUCACACGUGCGGGGAGUACAGCGAGCCUCAGUGCACUCUGGAUGAUGAUGAUCCGUUCCCCCUUCGCGAUGCCUUCGGGACGUUCGGAGAUUCGUUUGUAACUGUGUUUUCGUCGGCUUUGGGGGGACCGGAGAUCGACCUGUUCGAUGACGUGGGCAGCGACUGCAGGUGCAAUCUCCCAAGAGGCGCUCGCAGCGCUGGGAUAUCGAUGAUGGUGGUGUAUACCAUCACGAUGUCCGUGGUUUUGCUCAAUCUCCUGAUCGCGGUUCUCAGCACUGCGCACGACGAGGUGUACGUCAACGCCGAGAAGGAAUUCCACCUCGCCAGGGCGCGUCUGGUCGUCCAGAGCGCGCAAAGUGUCGCGCACCUCCGACCACCACCCCCGCUCAACCUGAUCAAGCUCGGUUUUGGUGUUCUGAUCGAUUUGUUCACCGAAAUAUGGCGGUUCAUCCUGUGGGCAAGGUCGUUGCGCAGCCGAUCCUAUUCCGACUCAAUUCUUUGGGAACUUCAAACGCUUCUACUCGUGCUGGUGGUGCUGGUGGUGCUGGUGGUGCUGGUGGUGCUGGUGGUACUGGUGGUGUUGCUGGCUAUGCUCGUGGUCCUGGUGACGAUGGUGGUGCUAGUCAUGGUGUUGAUGGUGGUGAUAGCGAUGCCAUUGGUGCUGGCGGUGCUGGCCGUGCUCGUGGUGCUGGUGGCAGUGGUGGUGGUGGUGGUGGUGGUGGUGGCGGUGCUGGUGAUGCUGGUGAUGCUGGUGGCGCUGGUGAUAUUGGCGCUUCUGGUGGUACUGGUGGUACUGGUAGUGCUGGUGGUACGGGUGGUGCUGGUGGUGCUGGUGGUGCUGGCGAUGCUGGCAAUGGUGGAGGUGAUGGUGGUGCUGGCGAUGCUGGUGAUGCUGGGGGUGCUGACGAGUCUGGUGAUGAUGACGGUGCUGAUGGAGGACGACGAAGAGGGAAUUCACCUGGACACAAUCAAGAUGAUCAAGACUUGUGCAUGCUGGAAGAGCGAGAAAAGUGUGAUCAGGUCUGAAGAAGAGAAUAAUUUCUCACCGGGGUAUGUACGGGAGCUGCUUUGGGUGGUCUUCGCUCUAGUGAUCAUGAUGGUGUCGAUGGCGUUCGCCACCGUGCUUUGUCUUCUGUACAUCGUCGGCUCCGGUAUCCUGUGGAUUAUGGGUACCUUCCGACUCCUGGUGUGGGGUUGGAACAACUGCAGCAGAAAGCGCGACAACAAAAAUCCUGAGGCAGUGCCUGGACAGGAGGGCGGAAGCCACUGGGAAAACGCUUGGAAGCUCGCCAAUUUGCGGAAUCAUGGAAUCCGCGAGGAUCGUGAACACCCGCACUUUAAGGUUGUCCAGUUCUUGAAGAGCAAGACAGGGUUAGACACGCAGCACCUUGCGCAAAUGGCGAAUAUCACGGACGAGAAGUCAAACUCCGAGAAAGAGCUUGUCGAAGUAGAUCGGGAGCUAGCAGACGCGCACAUCGACAUUAGGCAUCUGUCUUCGCUACUCCCGGGUGAUGGUGGCGUCAGAAACGAUAGAGAGUUGUGGGAGGAGCUGACGGAAUCUCUCAACAACCUGAAGCAUCGUUAUCGCUGA